ACAGCGCAGGGGCAAGUGAGAGCCGGACGGGCACCGAGCGACUCUGUUCCUCGCGGAGGAAAAACUAAACAUGGGCAAAGGAGAUCCUAAGAAGCCGAGAGGCAAAAUGUCAUCAUAUGCAUUCUUUGUGCAAACUUGCCGGGAGGAGCACAAGAAGAAGCACCCGGAUGCCUCCGUCAACUUCUCAGAGUUUUCUAAGAAGUGCUCAGAGAGGUGGAAGACCAUGUCUGCUAAAGAGAAAGGGAAAUUUGAAGACAUGGCCAAGGCGGACAAGGCUCGUUAUGAAAGAGAAAUGAAAACCUACAUCCCCCCUAACGGGGAAACAAAAAAGAAGUUCAAGGAUCCCAAUGCGCCCAAGAGGCCUCCUUCGGCCUUCUUCUUGUUCUGUUCUGAGUAUCGCCCUAAAAUCAAAGGGGAACACCCCGGCCUGUCUAUUGGUGAUGUUGCGAAAAAACUGGGAGAGAUGUGGAACAACACUGCUGCAGAUGACAAGCAGCCUUAUGAAAAGAAGGCUGCUAAGCUGAAGGAGAAAUAUGAAAAGGAUAUUGCUGCCUAUCGAGCUAAAGGAAAACCUGAUGCAGCCAAAAAGGGGGUUGUGAAGGCUGAAAAGAGCAAGAAAAAGAAGGAAGAGGAGGAAGAUGAGGAAGAUGAAGAAGAUGAGGAAGAAGAGGAAGACGAAGAGGAUGAGGAUGAAGAUGAAGAGGAUGAUGAUGAAUAAGUUGGUUCUAACGCAGUUUUUUUCUUGUCUAUAAAGCAUUUAACCCCCCUGUACACAACUCACUCCUUUUAAAGAAAAAAAAUUGAAAUGUAAGGCUGUGUAAGAUUUGUUUUUAAACUGUACAGUGUCUUUUUUUGUAUAGUUAACACACUACCGAAUGUGUCUUUAGAUAGCCCUGUCCUGGUGGUAUUUU